CAUUACUCCUGCAAGACGCCUGCAGAAGUAACAGCUGAUGAUUUCGUGUAUUCAGGCCAGCUGCGUGAGCCUGAAUACACCUCAAGCAUCUUCAAUGCCUCCAUCAACUCAGCAUCUGUUCAUAAGUUCCCAGUCUUGAAUGGCCUUGGCGUCUCCGUGGCACGAGCAGACAUAGCCCCUGGCGGUGUGCUUCCACUGCACACUCACCCCGGCGCUACAGAGAUAAUUCUUGUAGCCAGGGGCGCUGUCACUGCUGGUUUAAUUUCUUCGGAUAAUGCCGUCUACGUGAAGACAGUCGAAGAGGGGGAUAUCAUGGUUUUCCCUCAAGGGUUGCUGCGUUUCCUGGUGAAUACUGGUGGGACAGAGGCACUUAUUUGGGUUAGCUUCGGUAGCCCGAGCCCUGGCCUCCAAGUCCUUAACACUGCGCUGUUUGGCAAUAACUUGGAUUCUGAGUUGCUAGAGAAGAUCACUCUUCUUGGUGAUGAUGAAGUGCAGAGACUCAAGGGUAUUCUUGGUGAAUACUGCAUUUGA